AUGUUUGUGUUUUUGAGCCGCAUUAAUAAGUCUGAAAAUCCAAAACUCUCCCUCAUGCUAAAACUACUUGCGGAGAUCCACCCGACGUACGCGCCGUUCACGACGAUCUACAACUGGGUAUCUCCUCGCACAGGACUCCAGGUUGUUCUUGUGAAAAGGCAGACGCCGUCGGUCGAGGGCUACUUUACUGUCGCGACCGAAAUCGCCGAUAACUCGGGAUGCCCCCACACUCUGGAACAUCUGGUAUUUAUGGGAUCCAAGGCGUGGCCGUACAAGGGCCUGCUUGAUGUUUUGGGCGCAAAACAAAUGUCCUCUACGAACGCUUGGACAGGCCAGGAUCAAACUGUUUACACGCUGACCACGGCGGGCUGGCAAGGGUUCAGCACCCUGCUGCCAAUUUACCUUGACCAUCUGCUGAAUCCGACGUUGACUGACGACGCCUUUGUUACAGAAGUAUACCACAUCGAUGGCGAAGGGCAAGAACGCGGCGUGGUAUUCAGCGAAAUGCAAGGUGUCGAAAAUACCUCCUUUGCACUGCUAGGUGACGAGAGCCAGAAGCUCCUUUAUCAUCCACAAUCAGGCUAUGCUUCGAACACCGGCGGAUUGAUGGCUUCUUUACGCACUCUCGACAAUGAAAGCAUCAAGAAGUACCACCAUGAAAACUACAGAGCCGACAAUUUGUCCGUGAUCAUCACUGGUGACGUCGAGCCCACUGAGCUCGUGAAUAUCAUGACCGAGUUCGAUCAUUCGUUACCGGAUAUGAAGCAAGGCAUCCCCAGACCCUUUUUGGACUCCAAAAUACAGGAUGGGCCUUUGACGGAGAAAAAGACAUCCACUUUCUUAUUCCCAGACAAAGACGAGUCAAGUGGGUUGGUUGAGUUAUCCUGGAUCGGUCCUCCCGCAACGGAUUAUAUUUCGAACACAGCUCUGUAUGUUUUGGGCAGCUACUUUACAAUGACCGGAGUAGGAAAACUUCAGCUUGCUCUGCUCGACGUGGCUGAUCCGUUGGCUACCGAGGUGACGUUUUAUACUGACGACUAUUUGAAAGCAGCUCUGCACUUCUGUCUCACUGGAGUACCUGUCGAAAGGCUUGCCAAUGCAGGAGAGGAAGUGAUGGACGUUAUUAUCAAAGAGGCUGCAAACGUGGACAUGGCCCUGAUGAAAGACUGCAUCGAACGUCGCCGCGACAAGUUUCUGCUGAACGCCGAAAACGAUCCCUCUACAUUUGCUUAUAUUGCUAUCGAUGCAUUCUUGUACGGGAAAAGAGACGGCUCGACUUUGCGGGAAUGGACCGAGUCAACUAAAGAAUUCGAUGAGCUGGCUGGCUGGUCCGCAGAUCAAUGGAGCAGGUUCAUAAAAGCACAAUUCAUCACAAACCUGAGUGCAACCAUCAUUGGUCGUCCCAGUCGCGAAAAAUACGAAAAGCUCAAGGCUGAUAAGAAGCAGAGACUGGAGGAUAUCCGGAACACCAAAGACCUCAAACAGCUUGGGGAAAGAUUGGAGGAGGCCAAACGCAAUAACGAAGUGCCCAUUCCUGAUGCGCUGCUUGAAACAUUCGACGCACCUGAUGUGAACCGGGUGAAGUUCAUUGACAGCAAGUCUGCAUCAACGUAUUUCGCUGAAGAUACCGGUCAAAAGAACGAAUGCGUCCUGCAAUAUAGAAUAGACGAGGAUGCGUCUGGAUGCAAGGUCCCUCUCAGUAUCAACUUUGAGUCUUUUGAGUCACAAUUCGUUGCUAUCAAGGCUCUUUUUUCCGCUACAGUGGUUGAUGAGGAUCUGUUGCCGCUGGUCCAGGUUCUACUAUCCGAAACAUUUUCUAUGCCCAUGCAUUUAGAUGACGGAACUGAACUCACGUUCGAGCAAGUUGCGAAAAAUAUCAACCGUGACACGGUUGUGAACAAGAUUUCUGUGAACCACUCGAUUCAGGAGAUGGUGUCUAUCGAUAUUCGGGUCCGUGCAGCAGACUAUAAGCGUGCAAUUGAGUGGGUCAAGAGGGCGAUGUUCAAUGUAGUGUGGGAUGUGGAGCGUAUGAAGAUCUUUUUGCAAAAGCACCUGAUGAGUUUGGCUGAUGAAAAACGUGAAGGAUCUGCACUUCUUACUGCUGCUAUUUACAAAGAUACUUUGACGGCCCGAUCGUUGAGACGCCAGUCAGAGGGCAUCAUCACCGAGGAAGAUAUCAAGGGCGUCAUAGACAUGGAGAAUCUUCAAAAGUCAAUGAAGCAUUUGAUGGAGCAGCUUUACCAGCCGAACAACAUGCGAAUUUUGGUAUACGGUGAUAUUGAACACCUUGAACAACCUGUCUCUGCAUGGAAGGAGUUGUACGAGCGAUUUGGUCAGAUCCCGGUGCCAUAUCUACCUGUCCCUACCUCGAGCUUGUUCCGCACCGAGCUCGGUCGUGACUUCUCCAAGUUUGCCAGUCUCACUGUUUGUCCGGCCACUGAGUCGUGCUACAUGUCUGUCAUCACCAACGCGCCUACCGAAUACACUGAAAGUGAUCUGCCGGUUUUGUCCUUGUGCUGCGAUUAUCUCCAGGUACCCGAAGGCCCAUUGUGGAAAGAGGUCCGAGGUGCCGGUUUAGCUUAUGGGGCGCGUUUUUAUGUGCAAAUUGAAACUGGCCAGCUGGUCUGCAACUUUUAUCGGGCCACGGAUGCCAUUAAAGCCUUGAAGGUUACCCAAGAGCUCGCUGAAGGCUAUGCAUCUAAACGAGUUCCCUUUGAUGAUGAGGCGCUCGAAAGGGCCGUCUUUUCUCACGUUUCAGAUACUGCCGCAGAUCGCAGUACAUACUCGGCGGCAAUCACCCAGAAAUUCUUUGACAAUCAGUUGCGAAAACGAGGUCCUGAUUUUGUUGAAAAGUUCCUUGACCGCAUUGGGAAAGUGACGGUUGAUGAGCUGCUGUUUGCUAUUCAAGCAUACAUCAUGCCCUUGUUUUCGGCCAGCACAAGUGCGAUUUUUGCCGUGUGUCACCCGGAGGAAGCAGAGGGCCUGGAGAAAGAGCUGCAAAAACUCGGAUACGAGGUUAAAAUAAAUGAGGCGGCUAUAGAUAGCGAUAUGGACGAAAGCGACAACGAAUCGGGCUCGGAAAGUGGGUUCGAAUCAGACUCGGAAAGCGACUAG